GAUGAGUUCCCAGAAGAAGCGCCCGGCGAGGAUCGAGCCCUUCCGGCACAAGGUGGAGACCGACCCCAAGUUCUUCGAGAAAUCCUGGAAGAAGCUCCACGACGCCAUCCGCGAGAUCUACAACCACAACGCCAGCGGCCUCUCCUUCGAGGAGCUCUACAGGACUGCCUAUAACAUGGUACUUUACAAGCAUGGCCCAGCGCUCUAUGACAAUCUCAUAAAAACCAUGACGGAACACCUUCAAGAAAUGCGCAUGUCAAUAGAGGCUGCUCAAGGUGGUUUGUUCUUGGAAGAGUUGCAGAGGAAGUGGGAUGAUCAUAACAAGGCAUUGCAAAUGAUCAGAGACGUUCUGAUGUAUAUGGACAGAACAUACAUUCCCAGCAGUAAAAAGACAGCUGUCUUUGAUCUUGGAUUGGAACUGUGGAGAGAUACCAUCGUCCGGUCUGCCAAAAUCCAUGGGAGGUUGCUUGACACCCUUCUCGACCUCAUACAUAGUGAAAGGAUGGGUGACGUGAUAAAUAGAUCCUUGAUGAGGAGCACAACUAAGAUGUUGAUGGAUCUAGGAUCUUCUGUUUAUCAGGAUGAUUUUGAAAGGCCAUUCCUUGAAGUGUCUGCUAGCUUCUACAGUGGUGAGUCACAGCAAUUCAUUGAGUGCUGUGCCUGUGGCGAGUAUCUGAAGAAGGCUCAGAGGCGACUCGAUGAAGAAGCAGAGCGUGUUUCACAGUACAUGGAUGCCAAAACUGAUGAGAAAAUAACAGCUGUUGUAGUGAAAGAGACACUUACGAAUCACAUGCAGAGGUUGUUUCUUAUGGAGAACUCAGGUCUUGUGAGUAUGCUUGUUGAAGACAAGUAUGAAGACCUUACCAUGAUGUACAAUUUGUUUCGACGGGUUCCAGAUGGGCACUCAACAAUCAAAUCUAUCAUGACUUCUCAUGUUAAGGAAACUGGGAAGAGUUUGGUAACAGACCCAGAGAGAAUGAAGGACCCUGUUGAUUUUGUCCAGCGGCUUCUUAAUGAGAAGGAUAAGUAUGAUAAUAUCAUUAGCAUCUCAUUUGCCAAUGACAAGGGCUUCCAAAAUGCUCUGAAUUCCUCUUUUGAGUACUUCAUUAACUUGAACAAUAGAUCCCCUGAGUUCAUAUCAUUGUAUGUUGAUGACAAACUGCGGAAAGGGAUGAAAGAUGCCAAUGAGGAGGAUGUUGAGACUGUCUUGGAUAAAGUGAUGAUGCUGUUCAGAUACUUGCAAGAAAAAGAUCUGUUUGAAAAGUAUUACAAGCAACACUUGGCCAAGCGUCUUCUUUCUGGGAGAGCUGCUUCUGAUGAUUCUGAGAGGAGUAUGCUUGUGAAGCUCAAGACUGAAUGUGGGUAUCAGUUCACUUCCAAGUUGGAAGGCAUGUUCACUGAUUUGAAGACCUCUCAGGAUACCACGCAAGGGUUUUAUGCUGCUAACCCUUCUGAUACGGGAGAUGCCCCCUUGAUAUCUGUCCAGAUUCUCACCACUGGUUCUUGGCCAACGCAACCAUGCAGUACCUGCAAUCUUCCUCCUGAAGUACUCGCCGUAUCCGAGAAGUUUCGGGCUUACUACCUUGGCACACACAAUGGUAGGAGGCUGACAUGGCAGACAAACAUGGGAUCCGCAGACAUCAAAGUAACGUUUGGAAACGGCAGUAAGCAUGAGCUUAACGUCUCAACCUACCAGAUGUGUGUUCUGAUGCUGUUUAAUACGGCGGACUGCUUGACCUACCGUGAUAUAGAGCAGGCUACAGCCAUACCACCUGUAGACCUCAAGCGUUGCCUUCAGUCUCUUGCCCUUGUGAAGGGCAAGAACGUCCUGCGGAAGGAGCCCAUGAGCAGGGACAUCUCUGCGGACGACUGUUUCUACGUGAACGACAAGUUCACGAGCAAGCUCUUCAAGGUGAAGAUUGGCACUGUGGCGGUGCAGAAGGAGUCAGAGCCAGAGAAGAUGGAGACCCGGCAUAGAGUCGAGGAGGACAGGAAGCCCCAGAUUGAGGCGGCCAUCGUGCGGAUCAUGAAGGCGAGGAGGGUGCUGGACCACAACAGCAUCGUGACAGAGGUGACGAAGCAGCUCCAGCCCAGGUUCCUGCCGAACCCUGUGGUGAUCAAGAAGAGGAUCGAGUCCCUCAUUGAGCGUGAGUUCCUGGAGAGGGACAAGGUGGACAGGAAGAUGUACCGAUAUCUUGCGUAGAAGUGUUUUUUUUCUGUUUUUUUGAUUUUGGGUUCUUCACCCUGUUCAUACACAUAAGCACAUCGCGAAUCAUCGAUCCUUGUACUUAUGCAAGAAAGUAUCUGCUGCCCUGUGACUUUUGGGUUAAGUUAUAUUUUGGCGCAGCUUCCAGUUAGCCUGCUCAA